UCCCAGUUUUCUUAGUGUAUUUGAGAAUGACAAGGGUGAUAAAUAUCACCCUGGAGGAAACUGGUUGAACCUGCAGAGAUCACCAACUCUGAGCUAGAGGAGGUGAAGUGAAUACUGAUAAAGGAGCUUUGCUGAACCACCUACAGGCACAGAGGGUUUUUGAAGGACCAGGAAAGAAAUUCUUUCUAGAUUCUGGAGCUCAAAUAUGAUGAAGCCUGAGAUUUCUUGCUUUUCUGGAUUCUGUGUGUACUUUUUUUUUCUGCAAUUGGUAGUAUCUUUAGAGAAACUGAGGGUAACUACUCCCACAAGAUACCUGUUAGCUAGAGUAGGAGGCCAGGCUGUGCUCAGCUGCCANGUGAUCCCACCACACAGUGUGAUGCAUAUGGAGGUACGCUGGUUCAGGAGUGGNCAUUCCCAACCUGUUUACCUAUACAGAGGUGGCCAUAAAAUGAGUGAAGAAGCUGCUCCUGAAUAUGCAAAUCGUACAGAGUUUGUGAAGGAGGCCAUUGGAGAAGGCAAAGUGUCUCUCCGAAUUCAUAAUAUAAACAUUUUGGAUGAUGGACCUUACCAAUGUUCAUUUAAUGGUAGUGGAUUCAUUGAUGCGGCUAUCAUGAACCUCAAUGUGACAGCAGUUGGAUUGGAGACAGAGAUACAUGUUCAAGCUCCUGAUGCUGAUGGAGUCAUGGUGGAGUGUAAUUCAGGAGGGUGGUUCCCAAGGCCCCAAAUGGAGUGGAGAGAUAGUAAGGGGGCAACACUUCCACACUCAUUAAAAUCAUAUUCACAGGAUGAAGCCAGAUUUUUCCACAUGAAGAUGACUCUUCUCCUCACAAACAUGUCACAGGGCAGCAUCAUUUGCUGUAUUUCAAACCCUGUAACAGGUGACGAGAAGCAAACAAGUAUCAUUCUAGCAAAUGAACUCUUUUAUCGGGACCAUAUUUGGAUGGAAAGUUUAGUUUCCAUUACAUGGAUAAUACUCUCUGUAUAUAUUCUAUCCAUAAUCUGCAUUUUCCGGAGAACAGGGUGUGCAUCUGGAUGCCUGUCUAAAUGUUUUCGUGUGGUGACCUCCUGGCCUGUUCAAAUAGUGCAUUUCUUAUUCUGUACUGGAGUAUUCUUUGCUAUAUAUUUACCUCACCGCAGCAGAGUCUAUCUUUCAGAUCCUCAGUUUCACUUAUACAACAACUGGAUAACUGAAUUGCUGUUUGUGGUACUUUUUCUGACAAUAUGGUUUGCCUUGCCCAUCAUUCUCUUAUUAAUACAAUCUCAAACCACAAGUCUGACUAAAUGGGAGAAGAACAAGGAUGGCAUCAUGGACAGCCAACCAAGACUGGGAAAAGCCCAUGAAACCUCAAGCCUAUAUAGAUAA